GGCAAGUGUAUAUACAGCCUGUAACAGCGUAACACUCCAUUCCACAUUUCAUUUAUCUCCUGAUCUCCUCAAGCAAGCUUGGUCGUUGUUUCAGUGUUCACGUUUUUCAGAGCCACAAAAACGUCGUCGUUUCUGGGAACACAACUUAUACUGCUGCAUUCCGCGAACUUCAUUGAUCUGAAUCUAACCCCCACCGACUCUCUCUCUCUCUCUCUCCGUGAUUGAGUAUGAGGCAGCACAAGCUGCUAUCAUCAUCAGCGAGCAAUAACAGGAGACCCAGGAUUCUGUAUCUGGUGUGCGCCGUUGCAUUGUUCUCUCUCCUCCUCUUUGCCAUUCAAUCCUCUUUCUUCUCAGGUUCCCUCAUUUCAGAUCGCAACAGAGAGCAAAUUAGUGUCUUGUCAAACUUCCAGACCAGUGUUCAGCAGUGUGUGGCUAAAAAGGGGCUUGGACUCACUGCACAAAUUAUUGACCACUGUAAAUUGAUCCUUAAAUAUCCUGAAGGCACCAACAGCACCUGGUACAAUGCACAGUUUAAACACUUUGAGCCUUUGGAGUACAAAUUUGAUGUGUGCGAGUCGAUCUUGUUGUGGGAACAGUACCGUAACAUGACCACAAUUCUAACCCGAGAAUAUCUAGAUGUUCGUCCUGAUGGCUGGGUAGAUUAUGCUCCACAAAGAAUUGCUCAAUUGGGGGCCAAAAAGUGCUACAAUAAGACUCUCUGCGAAGAGAACCUCAAUAUACUAUUACCAGCAAAACCACCUUUUCAUCCACGACAGUUUCGUACUUGUGCUGUUGUUGGAAAUUCUGGAGAUCUUCUGAAGACAGAGUUUGGUGAAGAAAUUGACAGCCAUGAUGCUGUUUUCCGUGAUAAUGAGGCCCCUGUUAAUGAGAAAUAUGCCAAGUAUGUUGGUCUUAAGAGGGAUUUCCGUCUAGUUGUAAGGGGUGCUGCUCGUAACAUGGUCCCUAUUCUAAAUGGAUCUGAUGACGAGAUAUUGAUAAUAAAAAGUCUAACGCACAGAGAAAUCAAUGCCAUUAUAAAGACUAUUCCAAAUCCAGUCUAUCUAUUCCAAGGGAUUGUACUACGUCGAGGUGCCAAAGGAACUGGGAUGAAAUCCAUUGAGUUAGCACUCUCCAUGUGUGAUAUUGUUGAUAUAUAUGGUUUCACUGUUGAUCCAGGAUACACUGAAUGGACAAGAUACUUUUCUGCUCCAAGGAAAGGACACAAUCCACUUCAGGGUAGAGCAUACUACCAACUUCUUGAAUGCCUUGGGUUAAUAAGGAUUCAUUCCCCCAUGAGAUCAAUGCGGAAGCAAGACUGGUCAGAUGUGCCAAGUAGAGAAAUGAUUAGCCAAGCACAUGCAGCAGCAAAACAAUUGAAGCUGAGUCAAUCCAAUCAAGCUGGCGACUUAGGGCAGUUUGGCAGUUGCAAGGUGUGGGGUGAUGUGGACCCCAAAAAAAUGGGACCCGUAUCAGGAUCUCCGGACAUGAGUGAUGUAAGGAAGAAAUCAAAUUACAAUAAAUGGGAAGUCAUGCCUUUUAAGAGUUUGAGGAAAGAAGCACAGGAUCACUAUAUCCAGAUGCAAGGGGUGUCUCUGUAUAAAAUGGAUGGCAAUAGAUUGGAUGAUCUUGUGUGUGUGAGACAUCCCUUAAAAUCUGAUGUGUAGAUGGUGUCUCCCUACUAAGGUUCUUUCUGAUCAUUGGCCCAACUAUUUUCUAAAUGGAAUAUGGGAUGAAGUUACCUUCUGUGGCCUGCUUUGUAUAUUUCCACAGUAGUUCAUUUUUUUUCUGCACAAAUUCUGCAGCUAUCAGAGAGAAGCUAGAAUACCAAAUCCAUGAAGGGAAUCCGAAUGUAUAAUUUCAUUGACUUUAAUAUUUUAUACUAGAAGGUGAUUUAUUGUAGGGGAUAGGGAUUAGAGAUCACAACAUAGGAAUUUUGACUACAGAAGUUUGUUGUGCUUCCUUUUGUGAUUCUGGUGGGUUCGAAAUGGAAUGCUCUUAACAGUGCAAUAGGUGUCUCAUCUAUUAAAAUUUGGUUGGUCUUAGAGGUAUCUGUAAACAUAUCACUGUAAUGAUCAACAAUCCUAGAAAAAUGUUGGUCUGAUGUUUUGAACUAGUUUUACACGGCAUUAAAAUUACAUUUUGGAGUUAAAAUUCUUUGAUUAUUUUUAAUUUUACUUUCUUCUCUUUUGGAAAAGCUCUCAUGCUGCUGCCAACUUAA